UCCAUCCCCCCCCCCUUGCUAUCUCGAUCUUUUAUUCUGAGCAGUAGAACCGGUGCCGAGUCAGGAAUGGAAACCAACACAAGAUUCCUGAAGAAUUAAACGCAGCCCCGGAUGACUCCGGCAUGGUGAACGACAGGUGGAAAAGUACGGAUGGGGUGCAGCAGGACAGCCCGGAGCAAAACACCCAGAAGCUGAGCUGUGGCUACGUGCUAUGUAUGGUCCUGCUCUUCCUGGCAGUGUUACUGGCUGUGGCAGUAACAGGAACCCUCCUCUUCCUCAACCACUAUCACCAUGGCACGGAAGCACCACCUCUCAUCAGCACCAACCAGGACAAGGCACAGGCUCUGGUUACCAUAGACCAGGCUGACAGCUCAAGGAUUAGCAUCUUUGUGGACCCCAACUGCCCGGAUUACAAGACAGACUUGGACCGCUUGGAAGGACUCCACUCAUCGGUUCUCUCUGCCGUGUCCAGCCAUGGGGAGGAGAUGGGGGCAACUGAAGGGCAGGAUAUGACGAUGCAGGUCACAGGGGCAGAUGAAGUGUCCAAGCUUUCGGCCCAACUGAGGCAGGAUUAUGAGGCCUUGAAACAGGGCCAAGGCAGCUUGAGACAGGAACUGAAUUCACUCCAGUCAGAGCAAGGCAGGUUAAUUGAGCUGCUCUCAGAGAGUCAAAUAAACUUGGUUAACGUCAUCGGUUCGAUGACAGAUGCACUGGAUUCUCUCCAGAGAGAACAAGGAGCCUUAAAGCCCCAUGUGAAGGCAAAUCUGGUGAAAGGACCAACUAGACAUCGCCCCAAGCAUUGCCCAAAUGACUCUCGCCCCAAAGACUGCUAUGACAUCUUCUUGAGGGGUUACAAAGAGGAUGGAAUCUAUUCUGUUUUUCCUACCCAUUACCCUGGAGGAUUUCAGGUCUCAUGUGACAUGACUGUGGCUGGAGGAGGCUGGACAGUAUUUCAGCGGCGAAAAGAUGGAUCAGUGGAUUUUUUCAAAGGAUGGGAUGCCUACAAAGAUGGAUUUGGGAGGAUAACAGGAGAGCACUGGUUAGGUUUGAAGAGGAUUCACGCUCUCACCAUUCAAUCACACUACGAACUCCGUGUGGAGAUGGAAGACUUUGAGAACAGCACAGCCUAUGCUCAGUAUGGGACAUUUGGGAUUGGUCUGUUCUCUGUUGAUCCAGAAAGGGACAGCUAUCCAUUGACUGUGGCAGAGUACACUGGAACUGCAGGGGACUCCCUCCUGAAGCACAGCGGCAUGAGAUUCACAACCAAGGAUCGGGACAAUGAUCUCUCCAUGAAUAAUUGCGCUAUGUUCUACCAUGGCGCCUGGUGGUACCAUAAUUGCCAUACUUCUAACCUCAAUGGCCGAUACCUGAAGGGCCACCACACCUCUUAUGCAAAUGGAAUCGAGUGGUCAUCCUGGACCGGCUGGCAAUAUUCACUCAAAUUUGUAGAGAUGAAGAUCAGGCCAAAAAAUGGAGGACAAUAAAAAAAAAAGAGGUUUAGCAAUGUGACUCAAUCCUUGAUUGCUGACAAACAUUGAGUUCAUGAAACAGCUUCAUGCAUAAUUUUAGUAAAGCAUUAUGCACAUGCACACAUGGACCCUAUAUAUGUCAUACAAACACAUGUCCAGUACAAAUAUGCAUAUGCAUUAUUAAAUGCCAUAUACAUUUGCAAACAAAACAUACAUGUGUACAUUAAAUGUGGAUGUGUUUCUAUAUGUAUGUACAUGUAUAUGUUAUUAUGAAGCUAAUGUGUAAUGAAUGCCCUGGUUACACCACAUCUGGAGGAUUGUGUAAAAGCUUGGGAACGGCACCUGGAAUAGACAGUCACACAAUGUAUCAGGCUCAAAGAAUUGUAUUUUGAGGGCAGACUGCGUAAACUACGCUUGUAUUUCCUUGAAUUUAAAAAAGGUUAAGGAUGAUUUGACAAAUAUUUCGAAUUUUGAAAUAACUUAUUCAGGUCGAUGGAGGAGAAUUUUUUUUUCUGCUUGUUGCAAAUUAUUGGUUAAGUUUGAACAAGAGAAGUUAAAAAUACAUCACUCAAAGAGUUUUAAACAUACAUUUCUUUCACAGUAAAGAAAUGCUGACUUAAUAAUGAUUUCAUAGUUAAGAUUAAUAGCAGUGGGUAUAAAAGAUUUGAAACUGAAAUGGAGUUAGGAUAUAUGUUAGUCAUGAUCUGCCAAUGAUAUAAUACAAUCAGGUGGCUGAAUGGCUGACUCCCAAUCUGACACUUCAUAUUUAUUCUUUGUUUUUCUCUACGGAUGGUAGCUGACCUACUGAUUAUUUCAACCACUUUCUGUUUCAUUCCUUUGAUAUACAAUUUUGUAAAAUAACGUGCUAUGGUGGGGGUGUUGAACUUCAGAUUCACCCUUCAAAAUGGCCUGGUUCCUUUUAAAGUAACUUAUCCAAAAUUGAAGUUUAGUAACAGUAGGUCUCGGUUUGACCUAGAAUAGAGAACUGAAAGGGAAGGGGAAGACCAAGUGGACCAACAGGUAAACAGAGAUCUUGGAAAGUAGAGAAAAACUCUGAGGGUUUUUUCGGCAAUGUAUCUAUGACUUGCUCGAUGACAUCCCAGGUUUCAUUUGGCGAAUCCUUUUCACUGGGUCUGGAGAUUUGCAUUCAAGUUUUCUCCAAUGUUAAAUUGGUCACUGAAAGGAUCAAUUAGUUUUCAUCCUUUUUAUUUUGCUCUUUAAAAUUAUUGAAAUGCCUCACCUUCACAUCCCGCCUUUUCAUUAAUCAUAUGGAAUCUGAAUUGCAUUUACUGUUAGGUCAUUGCAAAGUAUUUUGUGAAAUAUAUCGUCUCAUGUGCGACAAAGUAAAUCAGGAUGACACUGGGGCUUUGAAAGUUAAAUUGAGGGUAAGUUUUGUAGUGUUGCAUCACAAUGUGAGACUGACCAUUCUAUAAAGUUUGGAAGCUGGUAGAAAUGCUGCCCUUGGUGCGUACUGCUCUGGGUUCAACACUGACCUCUGAUGCUCCCUUAAAGGAAUUUGCAUGUUCUUUCUGUGAAUUAAUUGUUUUCCUUCCCCUUAUUUUGGGCACUGUAAAUUGUAUCUCCUGCAGGGAGAGUUCAUGGAAAUGUGGGAACAAUUAAAUGGCUAGUGUGAGAUUAGUGUAAAUGGGUGCUUGAUGGUCAGUAUGGACUUGAUAGGCUGAAGGGCCUACUUCCAUGUUGAAUGCUCUGACUCCAUGAACAUUUUUAAGAAUCAUAUGUGUUUAAUGAGGAACCUGAUAUGGUCUCAUGAUAAAGGGUCAGUAUUCUUGAUUAAAAUUACUCUACUCAGAUGGUUAUGAUUUUUUGUAAUUAUUUAUCCCAGUAGAUGGUGGAUACUAAGUCAGAUAAUGUGUAAAACUGUGAUAGAUAGAUUAUUCAAUGCAACAACAACAAAAAACAUCAGGAGAUGGGAAUCAGGGAAAGAAAGUGCAACUGAAGUAGGAGAUAAACCAUAAUCAUUUAGUGCAGCAAGUUCAAUGGACAAAAGAGCUUGGCGUUCUUCCAUUUCUUACAUUACAUUUAUUUUAUCGUGUUAGGCAUAGUGCAAAAAAAAAAAGAGGGUUGGUCUGAUCAAUGCUGUAAGAAUUGAUGGGCUGGAUACAGGGAAAUUAUUUUAUGUAAGUCAAUUCAAAGUCAAGUCAAGUAUGAGGAGACACAGCAAGGACAUUUGGGAAGAAACCAUGAAGCAACUCUCACAGAAGGCUUAAAGAUAUCUAAAUUAUGAAGCCAUGGGAUGACAGAGGUCAAGUGAAACCAUCAGUAUUUAAUGGGUGAGAGAAAAGAGAGACAUGAAUUAAAGGUAGAUAAAGUGUCGAGGCACUGAGCACUGUA